UUUAUGUUUGGGUGUUUGUUUUAAAUAGAUUUUUUACAACAUUGACAAAUCAUACAUUUUAUUAUGAUUAAUUAAAUAUAAAAACUCUCCCAAACUAGGUCAACAAAUCCAUUCAUUUUUCUUCCACCAGAUUUGAACUGAAGCAAAAAUGUGCUUUUGCAGUAAAACAUGUAGACAUACAACCUCACUCGUCUGCACCUCUAAACAAGCUAUCGUUAUCAUGUUGUCAUAAUUAAGCUAUACGUAAUGGUCUUAUACUUGUUCCUUAUUAGGCUCGUUGUAAUUCUGUUGAGAAGUCUGUCAGUGCUGUGGGUGUGCCGCUGUCCAGGGUGCUGAUUAGCUGAAAGUAUUUAACUGCCUUUUUUCUCUUUCCUUUUGAGCCCUUCAAAAUUACUUAAGAUAAGUAUUCGUCUAUUUUUCUUUAACUUUAUGUUUAGUUAUUAAGAUAUACUAUAUUUAACUUGAAUGUAUUUGACAGAGCAAAAUUAUUUGAACGAGGAGUUUUGAGUCAUUUCUGAGCGUGAGACUCAAACUGACGGGCAGGCUUUCCUUUGCCGUGCAUUUUAAUAACAUAAUAUAUACAUAUAAUUAUGUGCGCGCUCGCGCACGUACGUGUUGUGUUGCUGUUAUUUAAAAGCAUAUUAAAUUGUGAUGGUAAAUCAAACAGAGUUCGGUGUGUUUUAGAGAUCAUUAAUGGAUAUUUCUGCAAUCAAAAUGUUUUGAAUUUAAUCACAAAUUUUAUUUGUAAUUGUUUUGUGGAAUAAAGUUAAUCUUUGAAGCCUGAUGAGGAGUUCCGUAUUUUAUCCUCUAAGUGACGCUGUUGCCUGGUGAAUAAAGGAGGUUAUGAUGUGGGUAUUAUUGGAAAGCUGUUUCCUCCCUCAUUGCGUUUUACAUCAGCAGAUGAACCGUGCUGGGCACACAUAAAGCUGUGGUUAAAUCUGAGCAAAUCAACUUUAAAUAUUAGCUUCAACAUUGUAUUACCCAGUAAGAUUUUCUUCAUUAUAGAUAUUUUUAUAGAAUUUUUUUUAUUUUGAUUUUCUUACGGAUUUCUUACAUGGAGUUGGAAGAACAGCACCGAGGCAGAGGAGAAAGAUGGCGAAUGCGACAUUUGAAAGAGCUGUGCGUGUUUGUAUUUCUUUGCCUUCAUCUAACAAAAGCUCAGAUCCGGUAUUCAAUUCAAGAAGAGCUAAAGACUGGAUCGCUUGUCGGUAACAUCGCUCAGGACCUGGGUUUGGAUCUAAAAAGGCUCCGUUCUGGUCGGGCUCGCAUCGUUACCGGAGAAAAUAUCCAGUACACGCAGCUGCAUGCAGACAAAGGGACUUUAAUUGUGAAUGAGAGAAUAGACCGAGAGCAGCUCUGUGGGGAUGUGACACCAUGCAGCUUCACUUUUGAGAUUUUACUGGAAAAUCCAAUGGAGCUGCAUCCGGUCACCAUAGAGGUUCUGGACGUGAACGACAACGCGCCGACGUUUCAGAAUAAUCACUUGGAAUUUGAAAUAAGCGAAUCCGCAGCGCUCGGUUCCCGUUUUGUCCUUGAGAGUGCAGACGAUGCGGACGUGGGCCAAAACGAUCUGCAAAAUUAUGUUUUGACUUCCAAUGAAUAUUUUGUUUUGAAGCAACACGUUAAUCCAGACGGAAGCAAAUAUGCUGAGAUGGUGCUUCAAAAAUCCCUAGAUAGAGAAGAGCAACCACGCCUUUCACUGAAAUUGCUGGCUGUAGAUGGCGGAAACCCUCAGAAAUCUGGUACAGUAAAUAUUGCUAUUAUCAUUUUGGAUAUUAAUGAUAAUGCUCCUGUGUUUAAUCAGUCUGUGUACAAGGCUGUGGUGACUGAAAAUGCGCCAAAGGGCACUCACGUUGUUACUGUUAAUGCGAGCGACAUCGACAGUGGCUCAAACGGCUUAGUGACGUAUUACCUUUCCAAAUCCAAAGCAGGAAUUACAGGUUUGUUUGAAAUAGAUGAAGCGACAGGGAAAAUAUUUGUUGCAAAAGAAAUCGACUUUGAAAAAGAUAGAAAAAUAGAAUUUAGGAUUGAAGCAAAAGAUCAGGGAGGACUCACAGAUUCGAGCAAAGUGGAAAUUGAGGUUAUCGAUGUGAAUGAUAAUCCUCCAGUCAUCAACGUGAUGUCAUUCACCAGCCCGGUCUCAGAGGACUCCCCUCCAGGUACAACAGUUGGCAUUAUUAAUGUUAAGGAUCUCGAUUCCGGCGAUCAUGGACAAGUAAGAUGCCGGAUUGAAGGAAAUGUUCCUUUUAAGGUCAAAUCCAACGUCAGGAAUUAUUAUGCAUUGAUAACGGAAGCUGAUUUGGAUCGUGAAUUUAUCCCAGAAUACAACAUAACACUCAUCGCUACAGACACAGGAUCGCCCGCUCUUUUCACUAAAAAAACGUUUCAUCUAAAGCUUUCUGACGUGAAUGACAACGCCCCUGUGUUUACGAGAAACAUGUAUAGCGCGACGGUAGCAGAAAAUAUAACUCCUGGUUUCUUUGUGCUGAGCGUUAAAGCUAACGACCCGGAUGAAAACCAGAACGCGCGUGUUUCAUAUGUACUAGAAGAAUGCCAGAUUGGUGGAGCUCUGAUAUCAGAAUAUGUUUCUAUUAAUGCAGAAACGGGAGUGAUCCGGGCGGUGCGCUCGUUUGAUUAUGAACAAAUUAAGGAGUUAAUUUUUGUAGUUAAAGCGCAGGAUGGAGGCUCUCCUCCUCUCAGCAGCAACGUGACUGUGAAAAUACUGAUCCAGGACCAGAACGAUAACCCCCCUCAGGUCCUGUACCCGGUCCAGACUGGAGGGUCCGUGGUGGCUGAGAUGGUGCCUCGUUCAGCAGAAGUGGGCUAUCUGGUGACUAAAGUGGUGGCUGUUGAUGUGGACUCUGGACAGAACGCCUGGCUCUCCUAUAAACUGCAGAAAGCCACAGACAGGGCGCUGUUUGAAGUGGGCUUACAGAAUGGAGAAAUCAGAACUAUCCGUCAAGUGACUGAUAAAGAUGCUGUGAAACAAAGACUGACUGUUAUAGUGGAGGACAACGGCCAGCCCUCUCGUUCAGCUACAGUCAUUGUUAACGUGGCGGUGGCGGACAGCUUCCCUGAAGUGCUGUCGGAGUUCACUGACUCUACACACGACAAGGAGUACAACGACAACCUGACUUUUUACUUAGUCUUGGCUCUGGCUGUAGUUUCCUUCCUCUUCAUCACCUGUUUAGUGGUUAUCAUCUCAGUGAAAAUCUACAGAUGGAGACAGUCUCGCAUCCUGUAUCACUCCAGCCUCCCUGUCAUUCCAUAUUAUCCACCACGUUACUCAGACACGCUGGGGACAGGAACUCUCCAACAUGUGUACAACUACGAGGUGUGCAGGACCACUGACUCCAGAAAGAGUGACUGUAAGUUCGGCAGAGCUGCUAGUCAGAACGUGUUGGUAAUGGACCCCAGUUCUACAAGAACCAUGCAGAGGAUGCAGGGUGAGAAGAGCAUCCUGGAUGAGUCUGACUCGCCUUUAGAGGUUAGUUAA